GUUCGCCCAUUUCAGAGCUCGUCAUAUAUAAACGCGACGACGUCACCGGCAAAAACAAUAGUUUGACUCUGCCCGAGUGCGGUUACGACUGGAGAGCGUUUAUUGAGCUAUUUAGAGCUGGAGAUGCUCUAGCGUCAAGCGCAGACGAUAAUUUUGUGUAAACAGUGAUGUUAAACUGCUCUUUUUAUCUAUUUUUAAAUAGCACAGUCAUUAAAAGCAAUGAAUAUUAAGAUUGUUUUGGCGAUCAUCGUUUGGCUGGUAGCAGGUAGCGUGUCUUCCAGCGCAAUUCCAAUAUGGGAAAUGUUGACUUACGAAGAAAAGAUGGGUAAAUUAAUGUAUACGUAUGUUCAUCUAGUAGAAAGGUACUGCAAAGUUUCACCAUCAAAAGAUUGCAGGAAAAUCAUGACACUUCACGGGAUUUCCAAUCUUCUGAAUUACGACGAGCACACUCUUGAUCUGCUGGAUCCGGAUCAAAGAAAUGGCGGACGACUAGUCUGGCAGGCUGCAACCAAAUCCCAGUACAAGUACCCAUCGGAGAAAUAUGAUCAAGAAACUAUCAAAUCAGCACCAAAUCAUCAGUACGAAACUUCAGAAAGCAGAGAUGAGCCACGAAAGAUAUACGUUCCAGCUCCGAAGUUUUUCCGAAGAGUUAAUUGGCAACAUUGAAAAACGAGAAGAAGAAAAAAUAUAUUAGUGAUGAGUGCCAAUGCCUUUCAUUGUAAAUCAUACCACCUGUAUAGUUCAUUCUUUUUUAUUUAAUAAACAUUACCUUCAAACAUG